AUGACAACAAAAUCAGCCAGAGAGGACCGGAAGAAAUACUGGGCUGAAAUAGCAACCUUCAUGGAGCAAGCCUCGAACGUUGGUGAUACUCGAAAGCUCUACCAACUUAUUCGUAAGACUAGUGGUAAGCUGUCUUCACUGAGUGACUCAGUUCGUGAUGUGAAUGGCGGUUUUAUUGCUGACAACGCGACCAAAGUCGAACGCAAGCGUGAGCACUUCGAGCACCUCCUCAACUUUGAUACGGAGCCCACUGCCCCCUGCUCCCAUUUACAGCAAGGCCUCCUCCAUCUCUCACUUAUCCAGUGUCAUGCGACCCGCCAUCUGAACAAGAACUAG